AUGGGGGGAUAGAAGAGAGAAACAAAAAGAGGAUAACCUGGGAGCUUCAGGUCAACCAGGUGCAUCUCCUAGAGGCAGGGGGCUCACCCUGCUCAUUAAGGCUAUAUGGAUUGAAUACAGAUUGAGUCAUAGAUUUUCCAUUUGAACCGGAUUCGUAGGAAGGGGAAACAUUUUUUCACGUUAAUAAACACAAACAGCAGCUUAUCAUGAUGGCUGCUGCUGAUCCAUAAUGUUGCCGCGUGCAGGAAACAUGAGCUCGUUUCCUGCAGGUGAUCGUCUCCACGUGCGCCCCUGCAGAGAAGUCUGUUCCCACACUGACCUCCAGCGUGCGCGCGCGGGGACAAAGCGGGGCGCGCUGUCCUUGUCGCGGGCGGGUUCGCGGUUGUCGCCGUGAGUUUUGACAGCAGCCUCCUCCAGCUUCCAGCGACCAUCUGCCACUCACGCGCAAGACCAGGGACCGGAUCCGGCGGGAGGCGAGCUGCGCGCAGCCCCGGGAAGCCGCGGCGCGUUUUCUCGCUGCGUCCUCGUCUCCUCCGGCAAGGGCUUGGCCAUCUCCUCCGGGGUGCAGCAGGUCCCAGUCUCUGAUUUAAAGAGGAAAAAGGCGUGCGGUCUUAAAACGCUCUCAGGACGGCGGGGAGGCAGGAAUCUGCGGACGCAGUAGGGAUGGAUCCGGCAGGACUCCGAGCUCACAGAGCCUCGUUUUAAAAGAACCCGAUUUGGCUUAAUGAACAUUUUGGAGUAAGGACUUGAAGGACGAUCACAAUAAGAUUUUUUUUUUUCAUUCCCUUUUUUUCAAAAGGAAAGACUGUCAGACUGCAGAUCAGCGGGAUGCUUUCAAGAUGAGCUCAACUCUCUGUAAAAAAAAAAAAAAAAUUCUUCCUUGCACACUUGGGCUGCACCUGUAAAAGUCCUCGCCUGGAUUAAAAAUGGAUUUCUUAAACACAUCAAGCCUGGAAGAAGAACUGGAGACUGGACAUUCUUCCUUGAAUUCUACGUCUGAGAGCCAGUACAGCCAGCUCACCGUCUUCGGUCUGGCCGGACUCGUCGGCUUCCUUAUUUUGUUCACAAUCGUUGGAAAUGUUCUGGUUGUUAUCGCUGUUUUAACCAGCAGAGCUCUGAAGCCGCCUCAGAACCUGUUCCUGGUCUCACUGGCCAGCGCAGACAUCCUGGUGGCCACUCUGGUCAUGCCCUUCUCUCUCUCAAAUGAGCUGAUGGGCUACUGGUUUUUUGGCACAGUCUGGUGUGACAUUUACCUGGCUCUGGAUGUUUUAUUCUGCACCUCCUCUAUCGUUCACCUGUGUGCAAUAAGUCUGGACCGGUACUGGUCAGUGACGCAGGCAGUAGAGUAUAAUUUGAAGAGAACGCCUCAGCGUGUCAAAGGAAUGAUCGUGGUGGUCUGGCUGAUCUCAGCGGUCAUUUCCUUCCCUCCGCUGAUAUCCAUGGACAGGAGCAGCAGCGAGACCAAGCCGGAGUGCAAACUGAACGACGAGACCUGGUACAUCCUCUACUCCAGUAUCGGCUCGUUCUUUGCUCCUUGUGUAAUUAUGAUCUUGGUUUAUAUUCGUAUCUACCAGGUAGCAAAAACCAGGACUAGGACGUUGUCAGAGAAGAAAAGAGACGUGGAUUCCCCCCUGGAGAAUGGAAUGGAACAGACCGAUCCCGGCAUGGGCGGCUCUUUGAAAACAACAGGUGGUGGGAGCGUGAGGGAUCCGACGCGUGAGAAUGGCCACUGCCAAGAGCAGGAAGUCAGAUCUCCUGUCCCAAAUGAGCCAAAACCUCCACCAACUGACCACCAUGAGGACUUUGAUGACAGCAGCUCGUCAGACGAGAAACCUAAUAAAAGCAAAAAGUUCUCCAAACAUCAGCAGGAGGACAGAAAAGACAGGAAGUCCAGCCGGAAAAGUAGCUCCGCCUCCAAGUACUCCAGCAGAAAGUCCCGUUCCAGUUCCAAAUCCAUGGAGUUCUUCUCGUCUCGGCGCAAACGCCGCAGCAUCGUCAAUCGCAAGAGAGUGUCUGCCGCUCGUGAGAAGCGCUUCACUUUCGUCCUGGCCGUCGUCAUGGGCGUGUUCGUCGUGUGCUGGUUUCCCUUCUUCUUCUCUUACAGCUUGUACGGCAUCUGCCGGGAUCCAUGCAAGAUCCCUGAUACGCUCUUCAAGUUUUUUUUCUGGAUUGGCUACUGUAACAGUUCAUUGAACCCGGUCAUCUACACCAUCUUCAACCAGGACUUCCGCAGAGCUUUCCAGAAGAUCCUCUGUAAGUCAUGGAAACGCUCCUUUUGAGUCGGACUGGAUUCUCUUCUUCUGUUGGUUAAAAAUCCUUCUCAUUCCUCAAGUAUUACAUUAGAAAGGAAAUGAUGCAUACUAAAUCAAAGUGAGAACAAAUCAGCGAACCAAUUGCUAGGAGAGCCGGAUAAAGCCACUCAGGAAGUGGUCUGUCGUAGUGUUGUGGUGGUCUGGAUGAUGAACUGCCUCUUCUGAGGCUCUGUGGUGUGAGACUGCCCCAUGGCUGCACUUGGAUCAGCCUUAUAACUAAAGUUUACAAAUUAAACAUUUUAGAAUCAUCCUGCAUUAAGUGUUAAUAAUGCAAAGUCCUUGACAAUCUCCAUGACGUUCUUGCUUGUGGCGAUGAAAGGAUUAAUGCUUUUUAGACGUUGCUAUCAUGUCAUUCUAGUGACAUGAGGACUUUUGGGACGAAGGGGCUCCUUGCUUACUGUUAAAGUAGCAAAACUGUUUCUGUCAACAAAAGUUGAAAAAAAAAACAACAACAUAAAAACCUAAAUAUGUCCUGAGAACAGCAGCCAUGUGUCCUGUGCUGAACAAAUGUGAAAGCUGCCGUGUCGUUUUGUCGCCAGUCAGCAGUGAACUUUGAACUGAAUGGAAAUGGUUUUCUCCUGAAAUGAGUUUGCACCUUUUUACCUCUUAGACAUGACAGAUGGGAUCUGAUAUCAUGACAGAAGGUAAACAGCGACGUUUGCUCAAACUGCAAUGCUGAAACUAUUGUACAAUGAUUCUCUUUUUCUGACCCACUCCCCCUCUGUAAAUACAGAGACACAGCUAAUGUGUAGCUAUGUAUCAGUGUCAUGUGUAACAAGUCGAUGGCGUGUAACUUAAGACAUCAGAAGUUACUGUGUUUGAUUAUUCAGUGGACUGGCUCCGCACUGUUGCUUUUGCUGCCUGUCAGGAGAGCUGGGGGGGGGUGUCUUCAUUUAUGGUUCUGCGUCAACACAGCGGAGAACCUGUAUUAACAUCUGUGGGUGAUGGCACCGUAGAGCCAUUAAAAGCAAACACCAGUAGAGCUUCUCUUGAGGCAAAUGGUUAGUUUCUGCAUAUCAGUCCUGAUUUUUGAUGUCAGAUUAAGAUUGUUUGAAUCACCUGAGAACCGCAUUAACCCCCAAAAAUCUGAGUUUUACUCCGUUGUUAUAGAUUGUGUUAGCAAAGAUAAUGCCAACUAGUGUUAGAACAGCCUCAUUUUGGUAGUUUUUUUCUAAAAUAUACUGUUAAGAUUUCAUUGUUGGAUGAACUGAAACCAUAAAACAAUUAUAGACUGUUUCCCUUGUUUAUCACAGGAAUUAGAUUUGAAAACUAACCUUAGAAGUAGGAUUAUAAAUGUUUUGAGGAUGUUAAAGGGUGACCAAACAGGACAGUUGGAGGCCUACUUUGCCCACAGCUGAAAUGUGAAAAUCCAGUUAGAGGGGUGGGGCUGGAGAACAGGACUGUUAUCAUUACUGGAGCUGCAGAUCAUGACGUGGCACUCCUGAAAUGAUGUAGGACUAAAUGUUUUGACCAAUCAUGAAAUUCAAUUAUAAUACCUAAUUUCAACCUGUAGGGGGCAGAACACAGACAGUUGUUGACUAUAUUUUCAAGAAUUAAACAAGUUUAAUCUAAUUUAACAAAAAAAUUUGCAAUGACCAACAUAGAGCACUUUUAAAGCCUCAUUUAUAGAGGUCAACAGACAAAAAGAGUUGAUUUGGGGUUUGGUAACCCUUUAAAAUCUUUAAAACACACUUUUAUUCACUUUUCACAUCUGUCUGAGAUGUGAAAAUAGAAUCAAAGCAAAGAUCUGAUCACGAUCAAAGAUUUAUGUAGAUUCGACAAACUGACCGCAUUGUGUACUGGACAGGGAUGUCCCGAUCCGAUCACGUGAUCAAAAAUUGGGCUCAAUCACAUAGUUGAUGACUCGAUUGAUAUUAGAUGUUGUCUCCUGAUCAGUAUUGGAUAUUUCAUUUAUUCUUAUUUUAAUCAGCACUUUAUAUUUAAAUCUUGUUAUUCAAUAAAUACUCCACCAGAAGUCUGCCUGUCAUGAACUGAUCACAAAACGUUGUUGCUGUAAAACAGCAGAAAACAGCAGCAGUUCAAGCAGAAGACUAACAAAAACAAUUCAGUAAAGCUAGGAUGAUCACAGAUUCAGACUUCCGGGAUCAAAAACUCUUUUAGAAACACUUUAAACUGACAGCCAGUGACUCUAUUGGUUUGUCCUAACUAGGGUUGGGCACCAAUUGGGUUCUAUACGGUUUCGUUGCCUAAGCGGUUCUUUGGUUUCGGUUCCGGUUCCUAAUCGGUGCUGAUUUCAGCACUUUAGUAAUAAAAAACAAAUAUCUUCCCAAAUCAAUACAUUUUCAUUCCCAAGUCACUUAUUAUCGCAUGGUUAAGACCUCCGCAUCAAAAAUUGACGUUUUGAGUGUCGUGUUUCGAUGUACUGGUUGUUCUCAAUAAAUCUGAGCUCCGCAACCUCCGAGCCAGAAACCGAUGGCCCGCCACUCUCUCACCGCUGCUCGCCGCCUGUCAAACCUUAUCCUGAGCGAAUCUGAGGGGUUACGAGGUAAAUGUCACUCGGGGGGGGUCUGCAUGACAGCCGCUUCCACCGAAGUGAAGUUAGUUGGAUAUUGGAUAUUCAACAGAUAUUCGCUCUGGGCAUAGUUAGGGACCGUCAACAAAUUAGUUUUUACCAUCAACAAAUAAAGGUUUUUCUUCAAUAGCUUUUUGGUUUUUAUACCUA